GGCGCGGGGAGCCGAGCGAGCCCUUGAGCGGCGGCUGCUCGAGUUAAUCAACAGUUAAGUUUGGAAGACUCAGCAGACACGUUGAGGGGGAGUUACCAAGCCCAGGCAGCAAAAACAUCCCGGCGCAUUCCAGGGGAGUCCUCAGCUGCCAGCAUCUGAUUAGAACCAUAUCUCGCCGGGAGUGGCCGCGCGCUCCGAGGCUCCCGGGCCCGCGGCUAUUUAAGCGCGGCCCGCGGUGUCGGCUGCGCUGCAGCCCGGAGGCGGGGGACCCGGGAGUCAUGCUCGCGUCGAGAGGCAGAGCCAGCCUACUAUGCAUUUACCUACCUGUCCAAUAUUGCUACCCUACAAACUACUAUAUCUCCGAGGAAUUUAACUUAAAGACACAGCAAGGUAUCUGUGGUAGGUUAUGUUCAUUUGAGACGUCUCUACUGGGGACCUCCUGGUGUCACUGAGUGUCAGCUGGUGCCGGAGUUUGCUGCCUGCCUCCUUACCAUGUCUAACGAAGUAGAAGCCAGCACAACGAAUGGUCAGCCUGAGCAGCAGGCUGCCACAAAAGCACCGUCCAAGAAGGAAAAGAAGAAAGGCUCUGAAAAGACAGAUGAGUAUCUCUUGGCCAGAUUCAAAGGUGAUGGUGUAAAAUACAAGGCCAAGCUAAUUGGUAUUGAUGAUGUGCCAGAUGCAAGAGGUGAUAAAAUGAGCCAAGAUUCUAUGAUGAAACUAAAGGGGAUGGCGGCAGCCGGUCGGUCUCAGGGACAACACAAACAAAGGAUCUGGGUCAACAUUUCUCUUUCUGGGAUAAAAAUAAUUGAUGAGAAAACUGGGGUAAUAGAACAUGAACAUCCAGUAAAUAAGAUUUCUUUUAUUGCCCGCGAUGUGACAGACAACCGGGCAUUUGGUUAUGUGUGUGGAGGAGAAGGCCAGCAUCAGUUUUUUGCCAUAAAAACUGGGCAACAGGCUGAGCCAUUAGUUGUUGAUCUUAAGGAUCUUUUUCAAGUUAUCUAUAAUGUAAAGAAAAAGGAAGAAGAAAAGAAAAAGAUGGAAGAAGCCAACAAAGUAGGAGAGAAUGGGAACGAGUCCCUACUGACUUUUGAUGAGCAAGCUAACAAACUGAAAUUGGGUGUUGACCAGAUGGAUAUGUUUGGGGACAUGUCUACACCUCCUGACCUAAAUAGUCCAACAGAAAGCAAAGAUAUCCUGUUAGUGGAUCUAAACUCUGAAAUCGACACCAAUCAGAAUUCUUUAAGAGAAAAUUCAUUCUUAACAAACGGCAUCACCUCCUGCUCCCUCCCUCGACCAAAGCCUCAGGCAUCUUUCUUGCCUGAAAAUGCCUUCUCUGCCAAUCUCAACUUCUUUCCCACCCCUAAUCCUGAUCCUUUCCGUGAUGAUCCUUUUGCACAUCCAGACCAAUCAACACCCUCUUCGUUUGAUUCUCACAACUCUCCAGAUCAGAAGAAAGAGAAUUUGAGUAGCUUGUCUUCUCCACUGAGUAACGGGCCUCUGAAUGGGGAUGUUGAUUACUUUGGUCAGCAAUUUGACCAAAUCUCUAACCGGACUGGCAAACAGGAAGCUCAGACAGGCCCAUGGCCCUUUUCGAGUACGCAAACACAGCCAGCAGUGAGGAAUCAAAAUGGGGUAUCUGAAAGAGAACAGAACGGCUUCCAUGUCAAAUCCUCCCCGAACCCUUUUGUGGGAAGCCCUCCCAAAGGACUCUCUGUACCGAAUGGCGUAAAGCAGGACUUGGAAAACUCUGUCCAGUCCUCACCACAAGACUCCAUUGCCAUUAUCCCACCUCCACAAAGUACCAAACCAGGAAGAGGCAGAAGGACUGCUAAGUCUCCAGCAAAUGAUUUGCUUGCAUCAGACAUCUUUGCUCCUCCCGUCUCAGAAUCUCCAGGCCAGACUUCACCUACAGGACAGUCUGCAACUGCACAGCCCAACCCUCUGGAUCUCUUCAAAACAAGUGCUUCUGCCUCAGUGGGGCCCCUUGCAGGUCUAGGUGGUGUGCCAGUUGCACCCCCUCAGACAGCACCCUGGAGCCCAGCAUCUUUAGUAUUCAAUCAGUCAACUCCAGUGGUCCCAGGAGCCCUGAUGGGUGGUCAACCUGCAGGAUUUGGUCAAGCAAUCGUUUUUACCGCAAACCCACCUGUGGCGGGUUGGAGCCAGCCUUCAUCCUACGCAGCUUCACCUUCCCCUCCAGCCCCUGCUGUUUGGGGCCCAUCAGCAUCAGUGGCACCCAAUGCUUGGUCAUCAACAAGUCCUUUGGGGAAUCCUUUUCAGGAUAUUUUCCCACCACCCUCUGGGGCUGCCCAAUCCUCUUCUAUGCUCUCCUCUCUCCUGGCCACUCCUCCUCAACCACCUCCCAGAACGGGCCCCCCAAAGGACAUCUCCAGUGAUGCCUUCACUGCCUUGGACCCUCUUGGGGAUCGAGAAGUCAAGGAAGUGAAAGAAAUGUUUAAAGACUUCCAACUGCGGCAACCACCUGCUGUGCCCGCAAGGAAGGGAGAGCAGUCUUGUUCUGGGACUUCAAGUGCCUUCUCCAGUUAUUUCAACAGCAAAGUUGGCAUUCUUCAAGAGAAUGCAGACCACGAUGACUUUGAUGCUAAUCAGCUGUUGCAAAAAAUCAAUGAACCACCAAAGCCAACUCCCAGACAAAGUGCCCUGCCAGUUACCAAAUCUGCUGACAAUGCAUUUGAGAACCCUUUCUCUAAAGAUUCUUUCAGUUCAUCACAAGCCUCUAUGGUUUCUCCUCAAUCUGCAUCUUCUGAUGUAUAUAGGGAUCCUUUUGGAAAUCCUUUUGCCUAACUUCCGAAUCCGGUGUGCUGACUCCCCAGAGAACCAAAAGGUUGACCUUAGUAGUCAAGAAAGCUAAUGGCCAGACAAGUCCUUACCUCUGCCCUUGUUCCAGCUUUGACAUAUUAUCUGCUGCCUUAUUUCUUGCUGCUUCUUCCACUUGUAAAAUGUCUUUCACUUUUUGUCUAGGUUUAAAGCUAAACUGAAUCUAUGGCUUUAAAUAAAUUAAGAAUCUAAACUCUCUAGCUUAAAUGUAAAUGAAGUAGUUUCCCUAUUUGAAUACUUGCUGAUUGCAUCCCUUGAGCCUUCUAGAAAACUAUUUACCAGGUACUCUCUGGGAGAUGCAGCUACCACAACAUUUCAGAUCAUGUGGUUUUGAAAAAAUUAUUUAAAUUCUUACUGUUCAAAGUUGUUUGGGAUUCUGUUUUAGAGUAUAAAACCUAAGGAAUAUCAUAGAUCCAGGCACCUUCUUAAGUCUUGCUUCAGACCAUCAUUUACAGAGAAUUUUUACAAUAAAAUUGAUGCAAAUCCAACUUUUCCUAGGCUGUUUGGAAGAUUCUUUUUAAAGAUAUAACUUCUCCUCUUUCUGAUGAUUAUUUUUCUCUCAAAGGCAAGAUUGUUCCUUUUCCAAUUUCUUCUCAGUUAUUGCAAAGGAGGGAAAAGGAUAAUUUAUCUCUUCACUUCUUUUCCCUCUGAUUCUCUUUUCAGUCAGUUUCACUCCUUGCCCCAUAGAACAUUAUUUACCUUAUACAAGCAGCAGAGUCUUUCAGGGCAAA